AUUUUGAUUAAAAUGAAAAUUAAUGUAACCGAGCAAGAUAUAAGAAAGCAAAAAACUUAUUUAUUUAGGGUAUGUAUUUCGCAAUUCUAAGACUAACAGUAUCACUAACGUUUAUUUGGAAUAUUACUGUCGGUACCCAAGAAUUUUUAGAGUAUUACCAACCUAGACCCGAUUUUCCGAAAGAACUUAAUGAAUGGCUCGCUUACGUGCAAGGUCAUAGAAACGACUUUAGAAUUAUCAGAAAUAUAGUUAAAAGAAGAAAAGCAGAAUCAGAUUAUUACGAUGAACGAGAAUCAGAAGAGAAUAAGCUCUUGAGCGACCUAGAAGGAGAAGAUGAAACGCCCCAAAACGAUAUUUACCCUCGCGAUAACAUAGAAAAAUUAGAUAAGAGCGCCGUUUCAACUGCGAAAAGUCGCACUAACAAGGCCAAACGGAAAUUAAGCAAACCUGCUAGAACUCGAAGAGAAUCUGACGAAAAUUCGUUUUUCGAACACACCAAUACCAUCAAUGUAGAUCCAAAAGGCAAAGUCGGCGAAAUCAAACGGUCCGAAGUGAAGUAUCCCGACCAAUUCGUGAAUCGGCCCAAAGACGACGAUAAACGUGAGAUAGAAAUUCAUAUAUUAAACGACGGUAAAUUACUGAAAUCGUUAAAAGACGAGAAAUCCAUCGUACUAAACAUCGAAAACAAUGACGAUAAUCAUCCCACUGCUGCAGCUGCAAACGAUAACAUCGUCGAUUCGCAUGCUGAGGUCGUCAAUUCGCCCGAAAGAAGCGUAGAUAACGACAAAGAAGCCGCUUCUAAUUUCAGGAAUUUAUUCACGGCCAACGAAAAUUUAAAUACCGACAGCAGCGUUGCCAGAGAAGCUUUGGGUAAAACCUCUUUAUUGUAUCACGUCACCCUGCCCAGCCCGAAUUUUAUGGCUCCUCAAGACACCUACGACAACACCAGUACGUUAGAGAAUCAUUUCCAGCACAAUCAUUUUAGAGAUAUGAGCAGGUAUUGGAGUGACGUAGAAAAAAAUCAACUACAGCAAGGUAUAGAAUUCGCCCAGGAAGCGGGGAACUUGCGGAAACAAAAUCAAAAAAGCAACAACGAUGGUUUUGAAACUGCUCGAACGAUUAUAAUCGAGCAUGUUGCAAACAAUCCAAGCUCCAACAAUCAAAAAGAUAGUAGAUUUGAUAUGAAACGGAAUUCAAAUAAUGUCCUUCCUACACGUGCACCUCAAGAACAAUUCGAACAACCACUCAAAGAAUUAGAUUACACUAUGAAGAGUAAUAUCGAUGAGGUCGAAGUUGUUCACAAUAAUGUAAAGAAGAACAAUCACAUUAUAAUAAUCACUGAGAAAGAUACGAAUGAACAAGAUAAAUUAAGAGACCAACGCCCUGUGCCUUCAAGUUCAAAUAAAAUCGACGAAAACAUUAAUAAUCUUAUAUCAAUAACCAUUGUUGUUCCUCGUAAGGAUGAGGAACCUAAGGAAGAAACUAAGAAUCAUGACACAUCAACGAAACUUGCUGAUUUUGGAAAAAUUGAACGAACCACUAUGGAGCAAAACAUUGAUCAGAAAAAUAUACAACUCGAUCUUAAUCCAGAAACAACUACAGAAGAAGCCCAUAAAACACAAUUUAGUGGUCAAUUAUGUGAAGAAGGCCAAUGUCACAACGAUAGAGAACUAAGACUGCAAAAGUUUCGUCAACGCGAAGAUGACAGGCGGUUUUAUGGAUCACAAGAGGAAAAACCAUUCCCUUUAUUACGAAAAGAAGUUAUUGUUCCUUACGAAGUGAACAAUCCAAGAUAUUUAUCCAGGCAGAGCUCUUCGGAUUUUGUGAAAUUCCCAUUAAACGCCGAUUCCAUUUGUCAAGGUCCUAAUUGUUUCAAAGACAAAUCUUGCCAAGGUCCAAAUUGCAAAACAGGAACCGUGAAGUACAAACGAAGGCGAGGCAAGCGAAGGCACAAACACAGACCCGAAUUCGAUCAUUCCGAUUAUAUACAAACCUACAAAUCGAGGCAGCUAAAAGAGGUCAAUUACGUUUACGACGCCGAUUUGGAAGCUCCGAGUCCAGAAACAGUUUCCUCCGAAAGAUCGAAACGAUUAGGUUUAAACAAAGAUGUCGGGGCCGAAGGUGAUUACGGCGAUGAAGAAGACUCGGCGUCAGUGCGAAGUAACGUCACCACUAAGUUGAUAAAAAAAGUCGACGACGUCUUCGCAAAUCCCCAUACAACAUGCGAACCCGACGAUGAGGACUAUUAUUAUGACGAAAUCGAUGAUAAAAAUAAAAAUUCCAACACCAACAAUCACGAUGUACCACAUUCCAACGUCGAUACGGUGAGUGUAGGAAAACGACUGCACAAAAAAACCAAAAAUCCAUCGAAAGUUAAUAAUCGAAAUAAAGGCGAACCCGAAGUCAUACAGAGCCAAAUCCGAGAACCCAGAGACAUAGACCAACUACCGAAAUUCGUCAUAAACGACGAAAUCAACGAAGAAAACCUACGAAAGAGAUCGUUGGCUAAUCAAAAAGAACAGCAAAACAAAUUCCCCUUAUCGUCCAAAAGUUUCUUUGCCAGCAACAACGUGAAGCGAAGGGACUCCGGCGAUUCUGACCUCGUCAACGACAAAACAUCCGCACCUUCGGGCUCGGACAAAUCGGUUACCAUCGGCGACGCAAUGGCUGCAGGUGCUAGCGUGGCUGCUGAUAAAGAAGCGGCUGCCAUCGGCGAUGCUUUGGGCCAAACGGAGCUCUCUGUAAGCGCCGUAACGGACGAGUGCCUGACCAGUACUCACGUAAGCGUGGGACCUGUUUGUGAAACGGACAACUUUACGAAAAUUAAAGUUACCACGAUGCUAAAUCUCGCUGCUGCUGGCGAAAACCAAGGCGAUUUAAACAAUUCUCUGCCAUCGUUGAGCGAACAAUAUCAAAAUCUAGAAGACAUUCUUGUUGGGCGUUUGCCUCUUUCUAUCGUAGAUUCAGUGUUCAAACAUAUGAAAAUACAUCCGACUUUCAAGCAACGGUUUUUUAGAGGCAUGAAGAAGAAAAAUUUACCGGUUAGUUUCAAAAACCUACCGGAGAUAAGUAGCAAAGAGAGUAACAAACUGAUUAGAUUGAUGUCCAAAAUAAUCAAUCGAUUACAAUGGACCACCACGUGCCAAACGUUGCCGAACAAACUCAAACGUUAUUUGAAAACCAUUACUUCGACCAAAGUGGACGAUCGCUUGACCAAAACCAAAACUAUGGAAGAAAUCGACCAAGCCGAGAACCAAAAUCAGACUAGCUUUAUUUUCCAUUCGAGCACAGGCGUGGAUAAUAUAGAGGAAAAAGUUAGAAUUCUCAAGAACAUGUUGAUCAAGUAUCAACAUUUACCCGAAAGUUGUAAACCUCGAGCUGAGCCAGUGAAGGAAUACAUCGAAAACCAUUUGGAUAUGUUAACUCACGCAAUGUCCAGUAAUAUGGAUCCUUCUCACAGAGAGGACGGAGUUAAGGAUUCCUCCAGUGAUGUUUCUCACCACGAAGCGUCUAAAAGGAAUGAAAAAGGGGACGAUUCCGAUUUGAUUGAACACGAAUUAGAAAGUUUAGGUUUAGGAAAACACCCGAAAUUCAGGCCUAACUUCGAUUUGGAAUCGCUACUUAAAAAUUCCGAUAAAACCAGCGAACAAGGUUCUCAGGAAGGUAAAAUAGCGGCGAAGAAAACAAAUAAAAGAGCCGCUAUUAGAGAGACAUCGGAAGAAUACGAUAAGUUAUUAGAAGCUGUUAAGAAAGAAAGGAUUAAAAGAGAGGGGAAGAAAAGAAUUGCAGAAGCUUUCGGUAAGCUCAGCAUCGACGAUUAUAAGGGAACUAAUACGGAAAAUAUAAUUGAUGAAAUUUUUGAAAAUCCCUUAGUUUAUUCAUUUUAA